GUGUGUGUGUGUGUGUGUGUGUGUGUGUGUGUGUGUGUGAGAGAGAGAGAGAGAGAGAGAGAGAGAGAGAGAGAGAGAGGCGGGGAGAGAGAGUUUGAAGGGCUCUCAGCCUUGAGCCGGGCAGGGACGGGGAGAGUUGACAGGAGUCUGGUGAUAUUUGGAGCCUUUGUCUCGCUGUUUGAAGCCCAAAUGAGCCGAUUCACACAGACGCUGCGCUGCUGAACUGAGCAAAGUCACCAGUCAAACCUUCAGCUGCUGGAAUUUCACUUUCUUACAUGACAGAGACAUCAUGAGCGGACCGACAAACGCAGUUCAGUACCAGUCGGGUCUUUAUGGAGGAACCAGCAGCAGCAGCAGCAGUCCUCUGUCUGGACGGGGAAGCUCCUCCAUCGUGUGUGAGCGCUGCGGGGAGGCCUGCCGUGGGGAGGUGGUGCGCGUCAAGAACACACACUUCCACGUGCACUGUUUCACCUGCCAAGUAUGCGGCUGCGACCUGGUGCACUCGGGCUUCUUCCACCACGCUGGGGAGUAUAUCUGCACAGAGGACUACCAGCGGCUCUACGGGAUGCAGUGUGACAGCUGUGACCAGUACAUCACUGGAGAGGUGGUGUCUGCCCUGGGGAGGACCUACCACCCACAAUGCUUCAUCUGCAGCAUCUGCAGGAGCCCAUUCCCCAUUGGAGACAGGGUGACCUUCUGUGGGAAGAAGUGUGUAUGUCAGCAGUGUUCACACACUCUGAACAGCGACAAGCCCGUCAAGGUCCAUGGACCAAGCUACUGUGCAGGAUGUGGAGAGGAGAUCAAACAGGGUCAGUCUCUCCUCGCUCUGGAGCGACAGUGGCACGUCAGUUGUUUUAAAUGCCAAACGUGCGGCUGCGUGCUCACUGCAGAGUACAUCAGCAAGGACGGGAUACCAUACUGCGAGUCAGACUACCACGCUCAGUUUGGGAUCAGGUGCGAGAGCUGUAACAGGUACAUCAGCGGCAGAGUGCUGGAGGCGGGAGGGAAGCACUACCACCCGAGCUGUGCCCGGUGCGCCCGCUGCCACAUGAUGUUCCUGGAAGGAGACGAGAUGUAUCUAACAGGUUCAGAAGUUUGGCACCCGAUGUGUAAAGAGGCAGCUCGACUGGAGAGGAAACUGAGGCUGAGACGCACAUCUGAGACAGCGUCCAUUUCUCCUCCUGGCUCCUCUAUCGGCUCCCCUCACCGGCUCAUCUGUGCGAAGGCAGAAAGUGACGUGUUGGACUAUAAGCAGCUGGCGGCUCUGCCCAGAGUCAAAGCCAUAUACGACAUCCAGCGGCCAGACAUCAUCCCUUACCAGGCCUACCACGCGCACACACACCUCUCAGAUGACACACUGGAGCGAUACAGCUGUGGGCAGUCGGUGGGUUCCCUGUCUCCAUACUCUCAGGAUCUCUUAGACAGUGUGGAGUUCAGGACAAGGCGUUCCUCCAGCCCUGCCUACACUGACUCUCCUGCACACAGUCGACAUGAAGGCUCUCCUCUGCACUACUAUCACCCUGGCAAUGAGAGUGACAGGAGUUCACCCUAUCACAGUCAGCCAGACCCCAGGUCUGCCACACCCACCACCUACAAAGCCCCCAAGCAUUUCCAUGUGCCAGCAUCUGAUGAAACCAACAUCUAUAGGAAACCCCCGAUAUACAAGAGACAAGAUAUCCCUGCUUCACUGACAGCCAAUAAGAGUAAAACCAAUGAGAACCUUGUCAACUCCGGUCGCCUUUCCUCUUCCAAUUGUAACAACAGCUACCACCCUGACUCCAACUACUACCCUUGUACUGGCUCUCCUAAAGUCUCCAGAGCAAGGAGGUUUUCCUCAGGAGGAGAGGAGGAUGGAUGGAAUCAAAAUGUAAACAAGGGAAUUGGCAGGAUGAUCCUGAAGGAGGAGAUGAAGGCACGUUCGGGUUGCCACGACAAUGACCAAUGGGGCAGCAGGCGCAGUUCCUGCAGCAGCAGCAAGGAGGCGCUGCACAAUGUGGGCUACAGCUCCCUCAAUGGCUCUCCCAGGUCGGUCUACAGUGCUGACAGUGAUUCGUACAUUGCCAAAUCGGCCUCGUUGCCAGGCUACGGCAGAAAUGGACUGAACAGGCCUGGCAGUGCGGGCACGGACUAUUACCAGUAUGACAGCACUAAUGCAGUCAACUGGCAGAUCAGAGAAUACAAGAUCUACCCUUAUGAAGCUCUUGUGGUGACAGUCAGAGGGCAAAAGCGUCUCCCCAGUGACGUUGACCGAGCCAGACUUGAGCGUCACCUCUCCCCAGAAGAGUUCUACAGAGUGUUUGGGAUGUCCAUGUCUGCCUUCGACCGUCUUGCUCAGUGGAAGAAGAACGAACUGAAGAAACAGGUCCGACUCUUCUGAGGAGGCGAGAUCACUGUGUGGGACCGUCUGACCCACCACAGGCCAGCCACCCGCUGAUAGCUUGCUGUGGAAAACAGCCUUCACAUCAAGGCCUACUUAACUCAGAUCUGUCUCUGGCUCAGUGGAAGAGGAACCAGCAGAUGAAAAAAGAGGGAAAAAAAUUAUUCUACUACUCCUCUGAGGCAGCAAGAUCAGAAUCGUCUCACCCACUGUAGGCCUCCCAUGGAGGGCAGCCUGACCUAGAGGAGAGGGGCAACACAAAAUGAGAUGUUACGAAUCUUUUGAAGAGAAAAUAUCAAGAUAGAACUACCCAAAGGCCCACCUGAUGGUACACACUUUGAUUAAUAAAGCAAAAGUCAGUCAGACGGUCAAAAGGAAAAAAAAAAAGGUUGAAUGUCCUGAGGAGAGCAGGAGUGAAGCCGAAGACCUGGAGAGAGGAUAAACAGGAUAACCAGUGUCCUGUUGCUGACAUGGUGGACAAGCAGGGCUGGGGACACAACAGACAGACAGACACAGACAGAUAGGAGGGAGGGCCUCCUCCCAGGCCAUUGCAGGUUGGCUGCUAUUCCCCUUUCUGCCAGAGGAUGGCAGUGUGUUGACACGAGCGGCAUCUAAUGUCAACAGGUUGCUGUAUAUCCCAUAUGCAACAAAGAAGACCAGUUACAGUGAGUUAAGACAAACCUACAGACAGACAGAGAGACAGUUUCACAGGCAGUGAGACGAACACCAAGGGAUCCUGGCAGACACACAGAAAUGGUCCAGAGCAAGCCACAUGGACCGCACUGCGGCGCUAAAUCUCUCCUCAGUGGCUCAUAAACUGACAGGACAGGCAGGCAAACACAGCCCACAUAUGUACUCGUGUGAUUCCUCCCAUGUGAAAAAGGCUUAAUGGACACAAUGUGAACAUGAGGUGUUUAUAAUGAAUUAACACUGAAAGCCAAAGGUCUUCUUUUUCUUUUCUUUCUUUCUUUCUUUUUUUUUUUUUUUUUUUUUACUGGCAUGUGUUUUAUUUGGUUGUUGAUUUUUCUGAAGCCAUAUCAGUGUUCAGAGUUGUUUUCUAAGCCUGGAGCUGACUGAUUGUGAUAUACUUUGCUAAAGUGAUUGAUCUGUGAAAUAUGUUGUGAUUGUUUAUUAUGAUAGACGAUAACACAAAAGUGUAAUGUAUGAACUGUAUCAUAAUGGGACUCUAAGCUCGGAAUUGUUGGUAGAGUUUAGAAAGAAGGUGUUUGUGCUAAAAAA